AGCCGGAGCCGGAAGCACGUGAAGCGGAGUCGGCACGGGCAGCUGCUGUGCUGGUUUUAAAAAACUCGUGUGCUGAGGGGUCUUGGAACGUUCGGUGGGUGACGACGGCGACGCCCGUGUCCUCGCGCCAUGCCUCACAGGCGGAAGAAACCCUUCAUAGAAAAGAAAAAAGCCGUAACCUUUCAUUUAGUACACAGAAGUCAGAGGGACCCCUUGGCAGCAGAUGACACUGCACCCCAAAGAGUUCUGUUACCUGCACAGAAGGGGGUUGAUGAAAAAAGAAGAGAGGAACAGAGGAAAUAUGGAGUAUUCUUUGAUGAUGAUUAUGACUACCUGCAACAUCUCAAAGAAGCUUCUGGACCUUCUGAGCUUGUUCCAUCAAGCAUACCCAGUCAACAAGGCAGGAUUGUUGUGACCACAGAAGGAGAGGUACAAGAGGAAAUUCAGCAAAUUCCAGCCCCCUCCAUUAACUUGCCCUCAUCAGUGUUUGCAUCAGAAUUUGAAGAGGACGUGGGAUUGUUAAACAAAGCCGCUCCCGUUUCAGGGCCUAGGCUGGAUUUUGAUCCUGACAUUGUUGCGGCACUUGACGAUGACUUUGAUUUCGACAAUCCUGAUAAUCUUCUUGAUGAUGACUUCAUUUUAAGGGCUAAUCAAGGAAGCACAGAGCAAGAAAAGGAAGCUUGUUGGGAGUCUGGAGAUGAAGAUGAAUGGGAGGACAUGGAGGAAGAGGAUGGAGAAGGCACCCAGAGUGAUGUGGAUUCGGAGGGUCCAUUGUCAGAUGACAGUGAGAUUGAAGGAGAAAUGAAAGAAUUUCUUUUCAUGCAAGAAGAGACCAAGAGCCGUUUCACAGAAUACUCCAUGACUUCUUCAGUAAUGAGAAGGAAUGAACAGUUGAGCCUUUUGGAUGAGAGAUUUGAGAAGUUCUUUGAGCAGUUUGAUGAUGAUGAAAUUGGAGCACUGGAUAAUGCCGAAUUGGAAGGUUUCAUUCACAGUGACAGUACGCGGUUACAGGAAGUCUUGAAUGACUACUACAGAGAGAAGGCAAAGAACUGUGUCAAACUUGAAGGUCUCGAAAUCAAAGAAGAUUCAAAGCUGCUCCCCAGUGAGGAAGAAGAUGAGGUAGAAGAAAUUGCAACUUUGGUUAUUGAAGAACCCAAAGAAAAGUGGGAUUGCGAAUCCAUUCUGAGUACCUAUUCAAACUUAUACAAUCAUCCAAAACUUAUUGAGGUUCCACAAAAGCCCAAACCAAUUGCAGUGUCAAGUAAGACAGGAAUCCCUCUGGGCGUUUUGCCCGGAAGAGGACUUACAGCUAAGCAGGUCGAGCGCAUGGAAAUGAUUAACGACAGUGACCUGCCAAGAGUAGCCACGCAGCCACGAUGUAAAAAUGAGAGUAAAGAAGAUCGGAAAGCUAGAAAACAAGCCAUCAAAGAAGAACGAAAGGAACGCAGAGUGGAGAAGAAAGCAAACAGAUUGGCCUUCAAGCAAGAGAAGACGAGGCAAGAGAAAGAGCUGCUCAACCUGAAACAGAAUAUUCAAGGGAUCAAGCUGUCAUAAUGAAAAACAAUUGCUUCAUGUUAAGGACACUCAGCUACCAUACUCUUUGCUGAUACCUUUUGGAACUUCUGUCUUCAGCCUGAGAACAGCAAAGUUUAAGAUAAUGACUUUUUGAAUUCAGAUAUAGUCACUUAUAGUCACUUAUCGGCACCUGGUUACAUGCAAAAUCAUUUUUGGGUACCACUGAAAUAAAACUGCUGUAAUAUCUGAUGAAGUGUGCAUGCACACGAAAGCUCAUACCAAAAUAAAAACUUAGUUGGUCUUUAAGGUGCUACUGAAGGAAUUUUUUUAUUUCAUUAUAACAAUUAGACUUUCAAAACUUGGUUUAACGUUUAAGUUAAUACUUCUGUGUUGCUGCUUACAGGAAUGGUGUUCAAGAGAAAUUAACUCCUGCGAUUGGAGAGGCAGGGUGUUAUUUUAAGAACCUCAUGUUAAAGUAUCAGGCCGUGAGUCAAAUGGUAGAAUUCAACAUAGCACUAAGGAGAUAAUUAUGGGCAUUUCUGCUUGCCUGGCAAAAUGAUUUCCCCCCUCUUCACCCUGCGUGCUGUUCUAGGGAUUCUCCUGAACCUCCAGAACAAUUUGUGGGAGGAGAGGAAAGCCAUGUUGUGCCAGCAUCAGUCCUUGCAUGGGCUUCCACUAGCAGGCCCAUAUAUUUCAGCACUACAGGCAGCUAGCCAGAUGAAUAUGAAGUGUUCACAAGUUGAGCAUGAUCUUCUUCCAGCCACUGUAUUCUACUGCCUCUGAACAUGGAAAUUCCAUCUAGUGAUCAUGGUUAUACAUUGCUAGCCCAGCCUCCCAGAAUUUCCCUCAAAGAACCUUUCCUGAGCAUCUUGUGAUUCCUACAACACUUUUUUUAUCACUGUCCACUUAAUAAGGAGGGACGGGGUCAAUGGUAAACAGUUCACCUCUAUUAGUUUAAACUACUUUAGAAAUUUCUGUAGCUGAAGAAGCAACUGCCUUAUUGAACAUCUGUCUUAAGUCAAGGUUUCCCGUUACUAAAACACUCAGUGAUAACUGUCUUGUAGAGGAAGCAAAUGUAUUCAGAGCAGCUUAACUUCUGUUUUCAUGUGCCUCAUUGGAUGAUGGAGGCGUUGCAUGUGUCAUAAUUGUUUUAACUGUCAGCCAAUGACAUUUAACUUGGGCUUUUACAAGUAAAGGAGCUAGAUAAGCAAGAGUAAACUACCUGGUGCUCCUGUCUCCCUGAAAAAGUAUUAAAGGCAGAAUUUGAUAUCA